AUGUCUGCUGCAACCCCUGCAGCUUCCACUCCAGAUGGAGCAUCCACCCCUGCCGCGAACCCUGCCGCGGAGGGCCCAUCGAGCAACACGUCCGCCAUCGACCGAAUGGUGCUUGAGUAUCUGCGCUCGCGCGGACACAAAGACCCGGAGAAAAUCCUUGAGGAGAUCGAGCGCAGCGCAACCCCUUCGGAUGACCAGGGCAAGCAACCUGAGACUACACCAGCGCACUCUAUUUCGCAGGAGGAAUUAGUGAAGCAGCUCGCAAUCUUCGCGCAGAAACCUGCCAACCCGGACGAGAACGCUUUGAAGGAUGGAACGAAUGUCCUACAAGAGCUCUCUACCAUGGGAAACCCUCAGAAUAUCCAGAACCUCAUAUCGAGCAUAGGGCCGGUUGGAGCUGAAGAGAUUCUCUCGCUUGACCCUACGGAUAAGCAUCAAGGAUUCAGGGAGUUGCAGUCGUGGGUGGACGGGUCUCUGGACAUGUACCGGCCCGAGUUCAGACCUAUCUUAUUUCCCAUCUUCUGUCAUUUCUACCUUGAUCUGGUUCAGCAAGGUUUUCGGGAAGCCGCCCAGGACUUCUACACUACGUUCUCGCAUUCAUUAUCCCCUAUACACCAGACCACGUUACACCACCUCUCAACAAUCACUUUGCCAUACCACGUCCAGACGGACGAAGUCGCGCAGCGCUUCCGGUCUGAGAAGUAUACUGUACGAAUGAGCCGAUCCGGGUUCAGCCUCUUGAUAGGCUGGUUGACCGAAGGCUUUGGUGGCGAACCGACGGGCACAGGAGAAGGCUUCUCUGGAGACAAGGGCAAGCGAGGACGAGCGGCUAUCAUGAGGGUGGUGAAUAAUCACCUACGCUUCGACGUAACGUCUUCGUCCACAACCUCUGUUUCCCCUCGAGCAUGGGAGGAGUCGACGGGCUUCCUUUCCUCCGUGGUGCCACAAACUAACGGAAGCACGACUGAUGCUUCUACCUACAAUGCUUCCAAAGGAGAGCUCAAGCUUGGCCCUGCACCUAUCGCUGAGGAGCUGCGAACGGAAACUGAACGCACUCUCAGGGAUCAGGCGUUGGUGGACCACGACCCAGGAGCUCAGUAUGACAUCCACUAUGCCCGACAAGCACCACUAACAGGUUUAGUGUCGCCUGCAAUCUCGGAUCUCCCUCCACACCCACCGUCCUUCAGGAGCGUGGACGUCAAGCGCGAGGUGGAAAAAGUCCGUGAUGCACGAAAACGAAUUCGGUAUGACCCUUCUGUACUCAACUCGGCAAACGCGAAUACCCCGCAAGGCGCGGCCGUACGAGCGCGUGCGCUUCCUAGCAUAUGUGCAUAUACAUUCCAUGAUGUCGGCGAGGGAGUGCCGUGCUGCGAGUUCUCACCAGACACGUCCCUUCUGGCGGCAGGCUUCUCAGAAAGCUACAUCCGCUUGUGGAGUCUGAAAGGCGAGAAGCUGAAAGGGAUGCGGAGCGAUUUCCAGACAACUUCAAUACGCGACGUCUCGUCACUCAACAAGAUCCGAGAAAAGGGCGGGUCGACAACGCGCAAGCUGAUCGGGCACAGCGGACCUGUGUACUCCGUCGCGUUCGACCCUGUCGGGGGCUCUGCGAGUCCGCCAAGAUACCUCCUUUCCGCCUCCGCAGACGCCACGACGCGCCUAUGGUCGCUUGAUACCAUGACGAACGUCGUUGCCUAUCGUGGGCACCAGAAUCCGGUGUGGGACGUGAAAUGGAGUCCAAUGGGCAUCUACUUCGCGACUGCAUCUCGGGACCGAACUGCACGACUGUGGUCGACUGACCGGACAUCAGCUCUGCGCAUAUACGCAGGGCAUCUUAGUGAUGUCAACGCUGUGGGGUUCCACCCCAAUUCGCUGUACCUCGGCACGGCAUCUAGUGAUGGCACCGCGAGGCUGUGGGACGUACAACGCGGGGCGUGCGUCCGUGUCUUCUACAGGCAUGAUGACAUUGUGUCUACGCUUGCCUUCAGCCCGGACGGGCGCUAUCUGGCCACAGCUGGGGAGGACCUAGCGAUCAGACUUUGGGAUUUAGGGUCGGGUAGAUGCGUCAAGAAGAUGACGGGCCAUACUGCAUCGGUGUACUCCUUGGCCUUUAGCGCGGAGUCUAGCCUGCUCGUUAGCGGCGGGGCGGACUGGACAGUCCGUUGCUGGGACGUCAAGGCUGCUGGAGGACUGCCCACCAAGGCACGCGAGAACGGGGCGACGGUCAACGGUACGUCGGACGAGCAUCCGCCUGAGAAGGAGGAGACCACCGAGAACAUCGAAACGUAUGCAUCCCGUUAA